AGUUGCACAAGUUUGGGUCACGAAGGUGCUCUCGGUGUCUGGAAAAAGUUCGAACUUCGAGCAACCUUCGGAGUGACUUUUGUGUCACAAGAUGGGGAUGGGGACUUGCUGGUCGGUGAGCUGGACAGAACGCACUGUCUCGAGAGGUCGGACUGCUGACAAAGAUAAAGAUGGUGCGCGUAUGACUCUGUUUGGACGACGACCUCCAUUCUGAACUUGAACCUUCCUCGGUGCCCUCGUAAGGCAUGCAUUCAAGAACCAAGAACCAUGUGGAUCGAGCCUUGAAUGGUCCGCACUGACUUGAUCAUCUAUCUACCCAGAGCGCUUCAAGAAGCGUGAAGAAGAGGAGAGUCUGAAACUUGGCAUCGCCAUCUUUCAAUUAUGACGGCUCGUAAGCCUGAUCCGUCGUCAAUAUAAACUGAUGCAUUCUGAGAUCUGAAUCAUCAUUCAGAUUGCCCCGAAUCUUUCCGGAAUUCCUGGAAAGGAGCUCCGGAUCCAGACUCUCUCACAAAUAUGACAAGUGCAGGAUCGCUCCUGCGCCUCGCGAUUGCUAUCGUCGUUGCUGCCAGCAUCAUCUCGGGGCAAGCUGCUGCUGCUGCUGACGGCCCUGAUGCCAGGAGGCCCCGAGUUCCACACCCUUGUCAAGAGCCGGCGGCUUAUCCAUUCUGUGAUGUGAACCUUUCGAAUGAGGAUCGGGUCCGGGAUCUCGUGUCACGUUUCACCUUGGAGGAGAAGGCGAGGCUAUUGGUGAACAUGGGAUCCGGUUCCAACAUCACGAGGCUGGGACUGCCAGCUUACGAAUGGUGGCAAGAAGCCCUGCAUGGUGUGGCCGACAGUCCUGGUGCGAGAUUCAAAGGUCGGGUCAAAUCAGCUACCAGCUUCCCUCAGCCGAUUCUCACCGCUGCUUCUUUCAACAAAGAGCUCUUCAACAAAAUUGGCCAGGUGAUUUCCACCGAAGCCAGAGCUAUGCACAACGAGAAUCAGGCGGGUCUGACGUUCUGGGCUCCCAAUAUUAACAUCUUCCGUGAUCCCAGAUGGGGCCGAGGUCAAGAAACUCCAGGAGAAGAUCCAUACCUGACGAGCAUUUAUGCAGAGUAUUUCGUCAGAGGGAUGCAGGAGGACGACGAGUACGAGGGACAAAACCUCAGAACCAGUGGCAAAGGUCCAGCGCAAUUGAAGACUUCUGCCUGCUGCAAGCACUUCACAGCAUACGACAUCGAUCAGUGGUACGACGUAGAUCGAUACGAUUUCGAUGCCAAAGUCACCCAGCAAGACUUGCUUGACACUUACAAUCCCCCCUUCCAGAGCUGCAUCGAAGACGGCAAGGCCAGCAGUCUCAUGUGCUCUUACAACCGAGUGAACGGUGUGCCAACAUGUGCUGACUACAAUCUUCUGACCAAGCUGGCAAGAGGCACCUGGGGCUUUGACGGGUAUAUCGUUUCCGACUGUGAUGCUGUACAAGUCAUGUACGCUAACUCCAGAUAUGCCCAGACCCCCGAAGAGGCGGUGGCCUAUGCACUGAAAGCAGGUAUGGACCUGAAUUGCGGAGACACCGCGUCCAAUUUCACCGUCGAAGCCGUGCACAGCGGUCUACUGAACACGUCUGAUAUCGACAAGGCUCUGCACAACUCAUUCACAGUGCUAUACCGACUGGGGUACUUCGAUGGAGACCCACUGAACGAUCCGAAGUACGGCAAACUCGAUCACAGUAAUAUCUGCUCGCCAGAGCAUCAGGAUCUGGCACUGGAAGCUGCUCUUCAGGGAAUCGUACUCCUGAAAAACGACCAAAAUACGCUUCCUCUCUCAGCAGACAAGAUUCGCAGCCUUGCCGUUCUUGGCCCCAAUGCCAACGACACUGUCAACACCAUGCUGGGCAAUUAUGCCGGUCCACCGUGCGUUUACGUCACUCCUUACUUAGGACUGGCGCAGUACGUGCCCGAUGCAAGCUACCAUCCGGGUUGCGAUAAUGGAACAACUUGUGAAGGGAGAAGCGAUUUCAUCCGGGGGGCAGCGAAGGUGGCAACGUGGACUGAUGCUGUGGUCGUCGUCGUGGGGCUCAGUCAAGACCAAGAGAGGGAAGCAUUCGAUCGGACCAGCCUUCGGCUCCCUGGUCAGCAAGAAGAGUUGAUCACGACUGUGAGUAGAGUCGCCAAAGGGCCCGUCAUCCUCGUGCUCAUGACGGGAGGGCCUGUGGACAUUGGCUUCAUCAAGGACGACCCGAAGAUCCAAAGUAUCCUCUGGGUCGGCUAUCCGGGUCAAGCUGGUGGCCAGGCCUUGGCCCAGGUCAUCUUCGGUGAUCGCAAUCCUGGGGGAAAGCUUCCGAUGAGUUGGUAUCCGGAGUCGUACACGGAGGUGCCUAUGACGGACAUGCACAUGCGUCCAGAUGAAUCCACAGGCUACCCGGGCAGAACGUACAGAUUUUACAGUGGAGAUGUGAUCUACAGGUUCGGCGAGGGGAUGAGCUACACGACCUUCAGCAGCUCGUUCGUGUCGGCACCCAGCGUGGUGACAGCGUCUGCAAACAGCAGGCAGUCGUGCUCGCAAAGACAACGAGACUCGCCCAACAUUCCAUGUUCGUCUGCCGAUAAUGCUCUGGUCUGUAACAGUAUGAAGAUUGAGAUUGUGGUUUCUGUGAAGAAUGAUGGACCCGUCGCUGGAACCAAUGUUGUGCUCCUGUAUCACACUUCCCCCACUGCCGGCAAAGAUGGUUCCCCCUUGCAGAAACUGGUGGGAUUUGAACGCCUGUACUUGGAAAGCAUGCAGGAGCAAAAGGCUCUGUUCAAAGUGAACCUGUGCCGGCAGUUGACUGAAGCGCAAACUGAUGGGACGUGGUCCAAUCUCAUCGAAGGAGUCCACACAUUUUCACUGGGGAACUCAAACGACCCGAAGCAUGAAAUGAAGCUCAUCUAUGAACAUCCAAGUUAGUUAGAAAAGUGAUGCUGAAAGCGGCACCAGAAUGCGGGCCCGACAUGAUCGAUGUUCAGUUCUCAAACACAAUUCUCCGUUCGUCAAUAAAAUCAGAUAUCGGUUUGUGGAUACUUGGAGAGAGCAAACAUUUGCAGUUGCGUGAAAAAGCAGCAGCCAUCGUGCAACCACUGGCUGAUAAAUUCGAAAAUAUCGUCGAGAAAUAGGAAAAGUAUGUUUCGUUAUACUGGAUGUUUUAUUAUAUCUCAUAGAGGAGAGCUUCGCAACCCAGUGUGAUACCUUUGGAGCCCAGCCCCGUCACCCCAUCGGUUCCACAACGUAGAAUUUGAUUGGAUGUUCUCUUCCUUUUUACCCUCUUGGCCUC